UACCAGCUCAAUCCACCAACCACUCUUUGUCUGUGGUUAGGAGAGAAGGCAGAGAGUCAAGGGUUUGCCUGAAGAAAGCUGAAUUUUCAGAAGAAGGGCACGCAAACCGUCAGAAAGUACUCUUAAACCUGGUGGAGCUGGAUGAAGAGCCACUGUUUCUUUUUGGAAAGGUCUUAAGUCACUAGUAUAGACCAUGCAGGCCACCUGGAUCCUGCUGCUUGUCUCUCUGGGUCUCUCUACCCUGGCUGGUGCUCAGAAAGGCCUGGAAUUCCCACGUUAUGAUGGCAAAGAUCGUGUCCUGGACAUAAAUGAGAAGAACUACCGCAAAGGCCUGAAGAAAUACGACAUGCUGUGCCUGUUCUACCACGCUCCUCCACCAACUGCAAAAGAGCUGCAGAAACAGUUACAAAUGACUGAAUUAGUGCUAGAGUUAGCUGCUCAAGUCUUGGAAGAAAAGGAUAUUGGCUUUGGAAUGGUUGACUCCCAAAAAGAUGCUAAGGUUGCCAAGAAAUUAGGUCUGCACGAGGAAGGCAGCGUCUAUGUCUUUAAGGAGGACCGUGUGAUUGAAUUUGAUGGCCUGCUCACUGCAGACACUCUUGUGGAAUUCCUUCUGGAUCUGUUGGACGAUCCGGUUGAGAUCAUUGACAAUGCUUUGGAGUUACGGGCUUUUGACAAUAUGGAAGAAGACAUCAAACUCAUUGGUUUCUUCAAGAGUCAUGACUCUGAACAUUAUCUUGCUUUCCAAGAGGCAGCUGAACAGUUUCAGCCUUUUCUCAAAUUUUUUGCUACCUUUGAGAAAUCUGUUGCAAAAGAGCUGACUCUGAAGAUGAAUGAGGUGGACUUCUAUGAGCCCUUCAUGGAGGAACCAGUCACUAUUCCAGACAAACCACACUCAGAGGAAGAGCUGGUGGCCUUCAUAUCCGAACACAGGAGACCAACUCUAAGAAAGCUCAGGGCAGAAGACAUGUUUGAGACCUGGGAGGAUGAUUUGAAUGGAAUCCAUAUUGUGGCCUUUGCAGAAGAAGAGGACCCUGAUGGUUUUGAAUUCUUGGAGAUUUUGAAGGAAGUGGCCAGAGACAACACACACAAUCCAGACCUGAGUAUUGUGUGGAUUGACCCAGACAACUUCCCACUGCUCAUUCCUUACUGGGAGAAGACCUUCAAGGUUGACCUCUUCAGACCACAGAUCGGUGUAGUUAAUGUUACAGAUGCGGACAGUGUCUGGUUGGAGAUACCUGAUGAUGAUGAGCUGCCUUCACCUGAAGAGCUGGAAAACUGGAUAGAAGAUGUGCUCUCUGGAACAGUGAAUACAGAGGAUGAUGAUGAUGAUGAUGACGACGAUGAUGAUGUUGACGAUGAUGACGAUGAUGAUGAAUGAUUCAUAUACUGUGAAGCUCAAAGAAAUCUGCUAAAAACAACUUUCUUUUACAGCAAAAUAGUUAUGUACAUUUUGUACACUGCAGAGUUCUAAUGUUAAAUUGAAAUUAUACAAGUCAAAGAAGUCUCUUAUUUAUCUAGGUAAAAAUAAUUUAUUUUAUUCACUUUUAAACUGGGGGAUUCAAAUGAAAUUCUGCAGUGCAAUUUUGUCACUGCAUCAAUUAUUCUUUUCCUGUACAUUUUCUACUGUAAUCAAUCACACAAUACAAUAAAACUUUACAACAGG